GGUAGCUUAGAUAGACGGUUGUUUUGCCAAGCAGUCUAUGUUCAGUCUAUAACUAACUCUUCAUCAGGUGUCUUGGUAGUUUGUAGACCGGACAAGGAGAAUCUUGGAGACUGAUGUGAUCAUAGGCCUGCCUAACGCCAUCGAUGGACGCAACCUCGCGGUUAGCUAUCUAUCGACUUAUUGAUAGUCUCGACUUUGAUAGGCGGGGUGCGCUGCGCACGCCAUAUUAGUCUCCAACUCCACCCAGACGGCUGGCAUAUAUAUACUGAGGUACUUUAUAUAUAAGUACCAGUGGGUAGAAUAUGCUAUUCUGAUAUGCGUUAGAGCCCUUUAACAAUAGAAUACUGAAUUUAUUCUUACUGUACUUUAGGAAAAUGUCGGCUGGACUUGAAGCCUUAAAGCAUAUAUCCAAGGACUCUGGAUUCCCAAUCACGAUCCAUCCGCACUUCUCCGAGAAGAUUAGAAACCAUGUUCCACCAGACCCUAUCCGGGAGGAAAUAUUUCCGGAUAAGGACCGCGCUGCAUUCGCGGACCCGGAGAAGAAAGCUCUUUUCUCAGUCGCCAAACCUGUUGACUUGACGGAGUCGAUUGGCACUGUCUUAGAGAACGUGCAGCUUUCCCAAUUGACCCCGCAGCAGUUGGACGAGCUUGCAUUACUCGUAAAUGAGCGUGGAGUUGUUUUCUUCCGCAAUCAAGAUUUGACCACUGAGGGACAAGUUAAACUCUUUGAGCAUUAUGGCACCCUGGAUCGACAUCCGGCGCAGAAGGACGUCAAACACGUCGUGAUCCGGGGUAGUCGAGAAGACCACCGCGAGAUCCUCAAGUAUACACCAUGGCCCUCUGGAGAAUGGCAUGCCGAUACUUCAUUCGAGGUGAACCCACCUUCUUACUCCCUCCUCCGCAUGGAAGAGCAUCCACCGGUGGGAGGGGACACGGCCUGGGUCUCCGGUUACGGUCUCUACGACACGCUGAGCGACGCGAUGAAGAGAUUUGUUGAGGGUCUGCAUGCGGUGCACACCUCGAGGCUGCAGUACGACACCAUCUUGGACCUAUGGGGCGUUGGGCCGAACCGGCCCCCUAUCGACUCGCAUCACCCGGCCGUUAGGACCCACCCGGUUACCGGAUUGAAGGCGCUGAACGUAAACACCGGGUUCGUCACCGGGUUCGCCGAGCUCAAGAAGCACGAAUCCGAUAAGCUACUCGACUUCUUCCAAUACCACCUCCAUUCGGCAGAUGAUCAUUCUGUGCGGUGGAAAUGGGAAGUUGGUAGUGUCGCGAUGUGGGAUAACAGAUGCGUCCUUCAUCGGGUCAUACCCGGUUCCUACGAAGCGCCUCGAAGAGGUAUUCGUACGACGGUCUUUGGGGAGAAACCAUAUUAUGAUCCGGCGAGUGAAGGGAGAGCCGAGAGGGAGCGACGUCUUAAGGAAGCGGCUGCUAAAGGAUUGCCCCAGGACCUGAGUACUAAGGAAAACCUUGCAAAUACGCCUGCUUGAGCCGUUCAAGGGUUAUUUUUCUAUUAGUAUUAGUAUUUGGUACAUGAAGAGUAAGUGUCGAACAGGUUUUAUAUCGCAUCUCUGGUUAAGAUGAGUUUAGGCUUUGGCUUGGUAGAAGCUACAAUGGGUUAUGCAGGAUGAUACUUCAACAUUUAUGUCUCUUUGGACGAUGGCAAUAAAUUGUUUAGUAAUGUACCUUAGGUAAUGUAGGUAGGUAGCUUGGUUGAAAAUUUAAUAUUUUUUACGAA